AGAAAUGAGUAUAAGUUAGAUCCUUAAUGUUAAAAUGAAUAGCUUUGUUAAUAUAACUUACGUUUGUAUAUAGAAGUUGUAUAUGUGAUAUGCGAUAUUGUUUUUGCAUAUAGAUUCGUAUUAAUUUAUUUUUUAAUCAAUACAAUGGCUCAAAAAACUAUUGUAUUUAGUGAAUUUAAAGAAAUAUCUUGAUUAUUACUAUAAUGCAAUUUGAAACAUAAUUCGAUAAAACAUAACCUAAAAUGUAAUUAAAUAAUAGUAAAAGAAAAAGGAUAACAUAACAGUUUCCACCAAUUAUUUAUAUCUCUGAAUUUAAUUUUGACAAAAAAUGAACUCUUCAAUAAAAAUUAAGAAAUAUGAAAAAAUAAAUUACAUCAAGUAAAACAGGUUAGAAUGUUUUUGUAUGAUGUCUAUAAAUAAUUUUAAAUGUGCAUUAUUUUGAACAAUGGAAGAUACAAUAGAUCAAGACUUAGCACAGAUAGAUCCAUUAGUAGAACCUCUCACAAGAAAGGAAAUGGAAUGGUUUGAAAAUAAUAAGCAAGUGGAAUUAAAUCAACGACAACCACAAACCCAAUCAUCUUAUUUUCAAUCCACUAAUUUCAAUGAGACAACAAGCAAUACACAAUGGUGGAAAAAUUCUCCUAUUACAUCAAUGGAUCUACUGUCAGAACAUCAAGAUACGUCAUCUAUAACAACCUUUCCAUUACUGAAUGAUCAAGUAAGUAUACCAUCACCUUCAGAUGUUGUACAAGAAAUAGAACUUAGCAAUAAGAAGCCUAUAAAAUCUAAAGAAUUGAAAACUGAGAAAAGGAACAAAGAUAGUGUACAACGAGCUAAGCAUCCAGAAAGAUGGAAAGUAAAUAUUAAAAAGAAUGCAAGAUUAAGAGGAGAACAGUAUGUUGGAGUUGGAGGGAAGAUAGUGCCAGCUAAAACAAUGGGACCACCAUGCAACUGCCGUAUGCGUUGCAGUGAAAAAGUAGAUGAGCAAGCACGAGAAGAAUUGCACAAAGUUUUUUGGAAAACAUGUACAUGGGAACAAAGAAAGCAAUACAUUGCACUUUCUGUAAAAGAAUCACCUAAACAAAGAACUCGUUGUCGUGGAAAUGUUAAAGCGGAAGAACGUAGACAAGUUACAUUUACCUACUCCUUGCUUUUAAAAGGCGAAUUUAUAACAGUUUGUAAAUGUAUGUUUCUUAGUACAUUCUCGGUAUCUGAAAAAUUCGUACGACAUGCAAUGGAUAAAAAGAGAUCUUCUCCUGGUGGUAUUAUUGGACCUGAUCAAAGAGGAAGACAUACACCGAAGACAAAAAAAAGUGAAGCUGUUAAAGAAAGAAUCCGUGAACAUAUCAAAUCAUUCCCAAUAGAAAGAUCAAUAAAUCCUAAAGAUGGAAAUGAAAAAAAAUAUCUAGAUUCUAGGUUGAGUAUUGCAGCAAUGCAUAAAUUAUAUGUUUUAAAGUGUCAGGAAGAAGGUGUUCCAGAAAGUGAUAUCGUAAAAGAAAGUUAUUACAGAGAAAUGUUUAAAACAGAAUUUGAUCUAUGUUUUAAACGUACCAAAACUAAAGAUAAAAAGUUUAUUCCUAACAUUACUGAUAGUAAAACGAAGAUAAAUAAUUAAGAUUUAUAUUUUCUAUAUAGUACAAUGUUUUUUAUUUAAGAAAAAAAUAUUUCUUUCUUAUCUUGUUAUUAUUAUAAAGCAAGUACAACACAUUCAUUAGAAAAAAUCACAUACGAAAAUAUUUUAAGAAAAAGAAAUUAUUAACAAAUUUAUUUUUUUACAAUUUAAACAAAAGUAAUAGCAAAUACUUUACAUACUGCCAAUGUAACAAAUAUUAGAUCUCUUCCAAAAAAAAAUUAAAAUACCUGUAAAUAAAUGUGGAUAAUAUAAUAAAUACGUGCCUGCGACAUCAGAUAAAGUUUAUAUUCUAUUACUAAAUAAGUAAAAUGAUCUAUUAGUUUUCUUUUUUUUUUUAAUUGGCCUUAAUUACAAUUAUAAAAUUAUAGUAAUUUUAAACAGUAUUGUAAGGAAAGUAUUAUAUAUUUGUUACAUAAAACGUCUAAGUAACUAAAAUCCACUUGUUAUUAAAUAUAAUAGUUGUAUAUUUAUUAUGUAUAAUAAAAUAUCUAUAAACUUGCAUUAAUGAAAUCAUAAUAAUUUACUAGUUUCAAAAAAACGAAUGUUUCUG